CGCCAUUCAAGUCAAUUCUUUGCACUCACCAGCUCCUUACCGUACAAGGCAAUGAUGGGGAAUCACGACAUCCGAACAACAACGCCAACCCAGCCAUGAAACCAGAGCUGUCAACCCGUGGAGAUGAUUUGUUUUCAACAAUGAAAAGACAAGCCGUUGAUAGGCUGUCUCUGUCUCGUGGUCCUUUAACCCCACGACGAUGCGAGCAGACCUAUAUCUACCAGAGCAUACCCUCGAACAUAAGGAAAUUGUUAUUUAUUAUUGACCUCUAGAACAGACCUAGACCUACCCCCCUCCAUACGGAAAUACAAAUCGACAUAGUACACAACAAUGGUAUCGCCGCAGAGCCUCGCUCGGAUGCUUCUCCAUUCGCGACCAUCCCGACUCUCAUCUAUCGCUCCCAGAAUCAACACUGCACUCCUUUCGAGAACAACAACCCGAAGUAUCAGCAACAUCUCGCGCCUUCGAAUUCCUGACGAGUCAGAACUAUCCCCGGAGACGCGAAAGCUGAUCGCUCAACACCACGGCGAUAACUGGACGCGCGCUUUCUCCCUGAACCCAGACACAGCCCGCCGGUUCGUCACUUACUACGAGGAUUUAUUCACGAAUCCGAACGCAAAGCUUCCUCUCCGGGAGCGCGAGAUUAUUGCCGUGGUGACCUCUGCGACGAAUCGAUGUGGUCUCUGCACCGCAAAUCACACAAUUGGCCUCAGCGCCGCGAUAGGCGGCGACCGGGUUCGUGCAAAGCGCAUCGCGGCAGACCAUCACCUGGUCGAAUUGAACGAGCGAGAGCAUGCGCUGGCGGAUUUGUCUGAGCGACUGACGCAGGCGCCGCGAGAGAUAUCGGCUAAAGAUCUAGACCACCUAAGGCACAUCGGCUUUCAGGAUGAGGAGAUUCUCGAGGCAAUCGAGACUAUUGCAUGGUUUAAUCAUUCUAAUCGCAUCACGAUAGCGCUUGGCGUUGUGCCGGAUCAGCGCUAUUUCGAGUAGAUAGGGUGACUUCGGGGAAACCGUGCGAUUGAAAGGCUGCAUGAACUAUGAGCAUCUGUAUGUGCUGCACUGCUGGCAGACCUCCAUGUACAGGGUUUUAAAGACCGUUGCUCGAAAUUAUAGAGAUGCCUGUAUUUACUUGCAACACGCAUGUUUUGAUUUGCCCCAGGCAUUUU